AUGGUCCGCUACGGGGGCCCGCGGUUUGAGUUUUACUUCACCGAACAGUUCCUUAACAACGAGAAGGUUAUCCUGAAGGAGGACGCGCAACGUGUUGCCUUCAUUUUGCGCAGGCGGGAACAGCAGAAGGCGGCAGAGGCGGAGCGAGAGGCGCAAAAACGACGCCAGGAAGAGGAGCAAAAGCAGGUAGCGGCGGAGGCCGAAGUGUCCAGGCGCGAGACGGAAAAGACACUCGAGGCCAAAAAGCACCGCGUGUCCGAGAAACAGAGGCGUUUCAAGGAGCUUUCGACACCCGUUGUGCACGGAGGCCCGCUCUACGGCAGCGGAACGUAUGGGCGGGUGAUGCAGCCAACCUCAAAGGGUGUGCCGCUGCCACAGGGUCGUUCCGGUGCUGUGUACAUGCCGGGGUGUGACCGCCAUCGCGUCGUGCCGCGUCCACCCGCAGCUGACGCCCAUCCACCGUGGAUAGGCAGUGGCACCGCCUGGAUGGUGGAGGAGGCCGAAGAGAAGGCGAAGCGGCGCUACCUCUUCGCCUCACUCAGGCGUGACCCGGCCACUGUGCAUGAUCGAAAGCAGUACAUCGACGGCAUCGAGCGCCAUCAUACACGUCACGCCUCAAGGAACGAAACGGAUGCGCAGAAGGAAGGCGCUGCCGCAGACGUCAUUCAAAAGCCUACUUUUAGGGAGGAGGUUCCGCACGAAACAACUCAAGCACCAUCCGUUUUUUCUCAUGCCUUGUCGAACGAGCCCAUUAAGGCGCUCGGCACGCAACACAUGGAGACAAUUAGCAUGAAGGAAGAGGUACAGAGUCAUCUUGCAGCGUAUGGCGGGCGGAUGGCGCCGCCACGGCCUGUCGCAAGGCCUCCCACACCGUUUGACGACAUGUCACUACCGGAACUGGCAGUGCGGCUGGUUCGCAUGCAGCAAAGAAUACAACGAUAG